CAGCCCGCGCUAGGGAGUUUGAAACGACGGAAAUGUCGCACUCGCGUUUGACGUUUACCUUGUCAAACCGACCAAAAAAAGGAAAAGAAAGGGAAAGGAGUAAAAUAAAGGCAAAUCAAGCGAAUUCCUGUUCUUUUAAGGUCUAGUCGGUUAUUUUUCCUUCCGUACAAGUUAGGUAAUUGUGGUGCUGUGUUUAGUUGGAGUUUUCCGUCGAUUCUCGGUGCCGGUUUUCAUUGUGCAAGUCGUGUUCCAGCUCUUGUUGAAACAGUUUUCCGUGCCUAAAAGAUAGCAACAUGAGUGAUAUGGCGAAGCAUCUCUGUGGAACGGACGACUGCAAGAAGUCCGCUACCCUGCAGUGCCCGGUAUGCCUAAAGAUGGGCAUCCAAGGAUCGUAUUUUUGCAGCCAAGAUUGUUUCAAAGGCUCUUGGAAGGAGCACAAAAUUAUUCAUCUCCUUGCUAAGGGAAAGGAAUCGAAUGCAUACAAUCCGUGGCCUUACUACACGUUUACCGGUAAGCUGAGACCGUUCGAACAAACACCACGUCGCCCUGUACCGGCGUCGAUCCCAAGACCGGACUAUGCCGAUCACAAAGAAGGCCGCUCCAAGUCAGAAGAGGCGCUGCGGGGGAAUAACACGAUCAAGAUAUUGGAUGACGAAGAGAUAGAGGGUAUGCGUGUUGCCUGCAGACUCGGUCGCGAGGUAUUGGACGAAGCUGCACGCGUCUGCGGCGUGGGUGUUACGACGGACGAAAUCGAUCGGGCCGUACAUGAGGCAUGCAUCGAGCGAGAAUGCUACCCGAGUCCGAUGAACUACUACAACUUCCCGAAGUCUUGCUGCACUUCGGUGAAUGAAGUGAUUUGCCACGGUAUACCAGAUUUGCGUCCACUGGAAGAUGGCGAUCUUUGUAACGUGGAUGUAACGGUGUACCAUCGCGGUUUUCACGGCGAUUUGAACGAAACGUUUUUCGUCGGUAAUGUAAAGGAGCAGCACAAAAAGUUGGUACAAGUAACUUACGAAGCGUUGAUGAAGGCGAUCGAUAUCGUAAAACCCGGAGAACGAUACCGUGAAAUCGGAAACGUUAUACAGAAGCAUGUGCAUGCACAUGGGUACAGCGUUGUCAAGAGUUAUUGUGGCCAUGGAAUUCACAGACUGUUCCAUACUGCCCCAAAUGUACCUCACUAUGCCAAAAAUUCUGCUGUCGGUGUUAUGAAACCGGGCCAUUGCUUCACGAUUGAACCCAUGAUAUCGGAGGGUACGUGGCGGGAUGUAUCCUGGCCAGACGAUUGGACAGCAGUCACUGCCGAUGGUAUGUUUUCCGCUCAGUUUGAGCAGACAUUGCUCGUCACAGAGUCCGGUUGCGAUAUCCUAACGAAGCGAAGGAACGAGACCGGUACUCCACAUUUCAUGGAUCACAUGUAAAAAGUAAUCAUGCGGAUGGCUGAGAGUGUCGCGGUUUUGUAAACGUAAAAACUAACAACCUCACGUGUUUCGGGGGUCGAUAAUGUACACCCAGUGUUACUUUCGAAAUAAAUUCAAACGUUUCUCCAUUUA